AUGGGGGAUGCUGCAGACCCCAGGGAGAUGAGAAAGACGUUCAUUGUUCCAGCCAUCAAGCCCUUCGACCACUAUGACUUCUCCAGGGCCAAAAUCGCCUGUAAUCUGGCCUGGCUGGUGGCCAAAGCCUUUGGGACAGGUUCAGGGAGACGGUGGGAGACUAGGAAGAGGAGAAAGAAAGGAGAAAUAACGAAAGCAGGUUUGGUCUUCAGUGAAGGGCUCUUGAGUGGUCAAAGUGCACAUUUGGCCAUGAUUGAUACUCUCAUGAUGGCGUACACUGUAGAAAUGGUCAGCAUAGAAAAAGUAAUUGCAUGUGCUCAACAGUAUUCGGCUUUUUUCCAAGCCACGGAUCUGCCCUAUGAUAUCGAGGAUGCUGUCAUGUACUGGAUAAACAAGGUAAAUGAACAUUUGAAAGAUAUAAUGGAACAAGAACAAAAAUUGAAAGAACAUCACACAGUUGAAGCUCCAGGAGGUCAAAAGGCUCGUUAUAGGAAAGAGCAAACACUGCUUAAGCAAUUGCCUUGCAUCCCACUGGUAGAGAACCUGCUGAAGGACGGCACCGACGGCUGCGCGUUAGCUGCCCUCAUUCACUUUUACUGCCCUGGUGUUGUCAGAUUGGAGGAUAUUUGUUUGAAAGAAACUAUGUCUUUGGCUGAUAGCCUGUAUAAUCUGCAGCUGAUUCAAGAAUUUUGCCAAGAAUACUUGAACCAGUGUUGCCAUUUCACCCUGGAAGACAUGCUCUAUGCAGCUUCGUCCAUAAAGAAUGCUGAACCUGUGACAGAUACCCCUUCGAUGCCUGUCUUGAAUGCUGCCAAAAGAAACGUGUUGGAUAGUUCGUGUAGUUCUGACUUCGCCUCAAGUGGGGAAGGAGCUGCAUUUACACAGUCUCAUCAUUUGCCUUCUAGAUAUUCACGUCCCCAAGCUCAUUCUUCAGCCUCAGGAGGAAUUAGAAGGUCUUCAUCUAUGUCUUACGUUGAUGGCUUCAUAGGGACAUGGCCCAAAGAGAAAAGGUCAUCAGUGCAUGGCGUUUCAUUUGAUAUUUCUUUUGAUAAAGAAGAUAGCGUACAGAGAUCCGCUCCAAACCGAGGAAUCACUCGUUCUAUUAGUAAUGAAGGACUUACUCUGAACAACAAUCGUGCAUCUAAACACAUUAGGAAAAAUUUAUCCUUCAAGCCAAUAAAUGGAGAAGAGGAAGCAGAAAGUAUUGAAGAAGAACUUAAUAUAGAUUCUCACGGUGACCUCAAGUCUUACGUGCCCGUUAAUACAAACGAACUAAAUUCCAAUGAGAAUAUUCAUUACAAGCUUCCAAACGGAGCUUUACAAAAUAGAGUACUUCUAGAUGAAUUUGGCAAUCAGAUAGAGACACCAAGCAUUGAGGAGGCAUUACAGAUAAUUCACGAUACUGAAAAAUGUCCUCACACGCCCCAGGCAGACCAAAUUGCUAAUGGCUUCUUUCUUCAUAGCCAGGAAAUGAGUAUCCUCAAUUCAAACAUCAAACUAACUCAGUCUAGUCCCGAUAAUAUAACUGAUACAAAAGGUGCCUUGAGUCCCAUAACCGACAACACUGAAGUAGACACUGGAAUCCAUGUUCCUUCAGAAGAUAUUCCCGAAACCAUGGAUGAAGAUUCUUCUCUGAGAGAUUAUACUGUAAGCUUAGACUCUGACAUGGAUGAUGCAUCUAAAUUUCUUCAGGAUUACGAUAUACGAACCAGCAACCCCAGAGAUGCUUUGAGUCCUUGUCCAAGUACUGUAAGCACCAAAUCUCAACCAGGUAGCAGUGCUUCUUCCAAUUCUGGAGUUAAAAUGACCAGCUUUGCUGAACAGAAGUUCAGGAAACUGAAUCACACUGAUGGAAAAAGUAGUGGAAGCAGUUCUCAAAAAACUACACCAGAGGGCUCUGAACUUAACAUUCCUCAUGUGGUUGCUUGGGCACAAAUUCCAGAAGAAACAGGCAUUCCGCAAGGACGGGACACUACCCAGCUGUUGGCUUCUGAAAUGGUGCAUCUCAGGAUGAAACUCGAAGAAAAGAGGCGUGCUAUAGAAGCCCAGAAAAAGAAAAUGGAAGCCGCUUUUACUAAACAGAGGCAGAAAAUGGGAAGGACGGCCUUCCUUACUGUAGUGAAAAAGAAAGGGGAUGGGAUUUCCCCUCUUCGAGAGGAAGCAGCUGGUGCAGAGGAUGAGAAAGUAUACACUGAUCGGGCAAAGGAAAAGGAGUCACAGAAGACUGAUGGGCAGAGGAGCAAGUCUCUGGCAGACAUAAAAGAAAGCAUGGAGAGUCCUCAGGCCAAGUGGCUCAAGUCCCCAACCACACCUGUGGAUCCUGAGAAGCAGUGGAACCUGGCAAGCCCCUCAGAAGAAACUUUAAAUGAAGGAGAGAUUUUAGAGUAUACAAAAUCCAUUGAAAAGUUAAAUUCAUCCCUGCAUUUUCUGCAACAAGAAAUGCAGCGCCUGUCACUGCAGCAGGAGAUGUUAAUGCAGAUGAGAGAGCAACAGUCUUGGGUGAUUUCACCUCCACAGCCCUCUCCACAGAAACAGAUUAGGGAUUUUAAGCCUUCUAGGCAGGCAGGCCUGUCCUCAGCCAUCGCACCGUUCCUGUCCGACUCCCCUCGUCCCACCCACCCAUCUCCGCAGUCUUCUAACAGGAAAAGCACAUCUUUUUCUGUUAAAAAUCAGAGGACUCCUAGGCCAAAUGAGUUAAGAAUAACACCUUUGAAUCGAACCUUGACUCCCCCCCGGUCUGUGGACAGUCUUCCUCGGCUAAGGAGGUUUUCACCAAGUCAAGUUCCUAUUCAGACCAGGUCAUUUGUCUGUUUUGGGGAUGAUGGAGAACCUCAGUUGAAAGAAUCCAAACCUAAAGAGGAAGUUAAAAAGGAGGAGUUGGAAUCCAAAGGGACUUUGGAACAGCGUGGUGGGCAUGAUCCAGAAGAAAAGGAGAUCAAACCUUUUGAGUCAACAGUUUCUGAGGUCCUAUCACAGCCUGUCACAGAGACGGUGUGCCUGACACCAAAUGAGGACCAGCUGAGUCAACCCACAGAACCACCUCCUAAACCCAUUCUCCCACCUGCCGCUCCUAAAAACGUUAACCUGAUUGAAGUUUCCCUCUCAGAUUUGAAACCCCCUGAAAAGGCUGAUGUAUCUGUUGAGAAAUAUGAUGGAGAAAGUGAUAAAGAACAAUUUGAUGAUGACCAGAAAGUAUGCUGCGGAUUCUUUUUUAAGGAUGAUCAAAAAGCAGAAAAUGAUAUGGCAAUGAAACGGGCAGCUUUGUUGGAGAAACGAUUAAGAAGGGAAAAAGAAACUCAGCUUCGGAAACAACAGCUGGAAGCAGAAAUGGAGCAUAAGAAAGAGGAAACAAGGCGAAAAACUGAGGAAGAACGUCAGAAGAAGGAAGAUGAGAGAGCACGCAGAGAAUUUAUUAGGCAAGAAUAUAUGAGGCGAAAACAACUGAAACUAAUGGAAGAUAUGGAUACAGUAAUUAAACCUCGUCCUCAAGUAGCAAAACAAAAAAAACAGCGACCAAAGUCUAUUCACAGAGAUCAUAUUGAAUCCCCCAAAACACCAAUAAAAGGUCCUCCAGGACCAAAGCUCUACAAAGAACCCAGUGCAAAAUCCAAUAAGCAUAUAAUACAAAAUGCUUUAGCUCAUUGCUGUUUGGCUGGAAAAGUAAAUGAAGGUCAGAAGAAAAAAAUACUGGAGGAAAUGGAGAAGUCAGAUGCCAACAACUUCUUAAUCUUGUUCCGGGAUUCAGGCUGCCAGUUCAGGUCUUUGUAUACUUAUUGCCCAGAAACUGAAGAAAUCAACAAACUGACUGGGAUAGGCCCUAAAUCUAUCACUAAAAAAAUGAUUGAAGGACUUUACAAAUACAAUUCUGACAGGAAACAGUUUAGCCACAUACCUGCUAAAACUUUAUCUGCCAGUGUUGAUGCAAUUACCAUUCAUAGCCAUUUGUGGCAGACCAAAAGACCAGUGACACCUAAAAAACUUUUACCCACUAAGGCAUAGGAGUUGGGAAAUAUUUGCUUCAGAACAUUCGUGGUAAAUUUGCACUUCAUCUUUCCUGCCUAUAGAAAAUCUUUCUAAUUGCCAACAAGACUUUUAUUAAUUAAAAACGGGACAUUAAGCUCUGUUGUCAUGAACAACUGGAAUGUAAACCACAGUAUUUUGGAAUGCAGAAGAUUCUCGCUUAGGUGAUAAGUCCAAGUGAUGAAGUAAAUGUUUUGAUCCACAAAUGGAGAUUUGUAUGUGUUACCGGGUUCACCUGCUUGAUCUUAGAUACAUUGAAACACUGAAUUUUCGUGGA